CCCUAUUGAAAGAAAAGAAAGAGUUUGGCACUGAUAAUGGCGGGAAAGGAAAUCUAACUAUAAAACCCUAACCCUAAACCCAUUCGAAUCGGAAUCGGAAGAAGAUAAUGUCGGAGGCGGAGGAGCUACCCCGGUCUAUUGUGCGCCGCGUAGUGAAGGAUAAGCUGUCCCGUUGCUCCGAAGACGGAGAAAUUUCCGUCAGCAAAGACGCUCUUCUCGCAUUGUCCGAAAGCGGUAGGAUCUUCAUCCACUACCUUUCCGCAACGGCUAAUGAUAUAUGUAAGGAGUCUAAGAGGCAGAUUAUCAAUGUUGAGGAUGUUUUCAAAGCUCUUGAGGAAACUGAGUUCCCUGAGUUUCUUCGUCCUCUGAAAGCUUCCCUUGAAGAGUUUAGGAAGAAGAAUGCUGGAAAGAAAGCUGCAGUGUCAAAGGGAAAGGAUGAUGAGCCGAGAAAGAAAAGGAAGUUGGAAGGUGAGUCACCUGAUAAGGGUGAGGGUUCUGAUAAAGCUGAGUUAUCGGAUAAAGGAGAGGAUCCUGAUAAAGGUGAGAGUGAUAAAGGUGAGAGUGGUGACGAGACCAAUGAUUUAAAGGAAUGAAGGCAGUUGUAUUUGUUAUGACUGAGCCAGCGCGUUUAUGUUUUGUGUUAUGUUGGGAAUGUGCAUGACUCCUUGUUUAUUGGAUGCAGCUUGGUAUUAAUGUCAAAAAUGUAGCUUUUUGAUUGUUUCUCAGUAAAACACAUCCCCUACCCUACCCCCUGAUGUAUGGAGCAUUUCAGGAAAGAAAUGAUAUUCCAUCUUAUAUAUUGAUGAGAUGCAUUUUCUCACCAUGGGUGUGGAGAGUAAAUAAAGAAGUUGAACUGAGAAA